UUUUUACUCUUUUUGCUAUCUUAAUUGCUACGGAUGCUCUCAAACAGUUAAUAAGUAAUUUUUUUGUCGAUCAUAAGUUGAAUAUUUUACCUCUCUCUUAUAAUUCAAGAAUAUUUUCGAUUUCGGUAUCUAUCGAUAAGUCAGGAUAUUUAGUUUCGAUAACUAGUUUUUAGCAUCCGUCGUCCGUUCACCUCAGGCCGUGCUGUGAGUGCUGUGAGCUGUCGCUGGCAGUACUGCACUCACAUACACACAAACAAACUCACAUAUAUAAGUAGAUUCUCUAUAAUUCUACAUGAACUGACAAAAACACUGUACAUAGACUCUUAUGUGUCAAUGAUAUCAACAAAUUUUGAAUUUUAGUGAUGAAGAUAGUUAGUAGCGUGAAUAACAAAUUAUAUUGCUCCAAGUAUUUUGAAUCUUUACAGUUAUUUUGAUGAAAGUACAAUUGUCAGUAAAGUUAAAGUUAAUUACGUUUUUUGUAAACUUUUUUUAAUUUAUCAAGAUGAUAGUAUCACAGGAUAUGUAAAUUGUAAGUCAAAAGAAAACUGACCUCAAGAUUAUUUCAAUAUUUGAAUAGAUAAAUGCCAAAAUGGAUUAUGAUUACUUAAUCUCUCAAAGAGAGAAAGAUAUCCAUAAUCGCUGCUGCAGUAAAAAACUUUGGUGUAUUAAGGACAUAUGUGGUAUAAUUUGUGCAAUCCUCACAUGGUUAUUGAUUAUUUAUGCUGAAUUUGUUGUUAUGGCCGUAAUUCUCAUACCUAAAAUUAAUACUUUUUAUUCCACGUUGAACAUAGCCAUAUUCCAGACAUUAACUUUCCUUGCAUUUAUUUCACAUAUAAAAACUAUGUUUACAGACCCUGGUGCGGUACCCAAAGGCAAUGCAACAAAAGAAAUGAUUCAACAGAUGGGUUUUGUAGAAGGACAAGUGAUAUUUAAAUGUCCUAAAUGUUGUUCUAUUAAACCUGAAAGAGCUCAUCAUUGCUCUGUGUGUCAAAGAUGUAUAAGAAAAAUGGAUCAUCAUUGUCCUUGGGUAAAUAAUUGUGUGGGAGAAAAUAACCAAAAAUACUUUGUAUUAUUUACUUUCUAUGUAGCUGGAAUAUCCUUACAGUCAUUAAUGUUGUGCGUUCAACAAUUCACAACUUGUGUACGACAAGAGUGGAAAGAUUGCACCACAUUUAGUCCUCCAGCAACAGUAAUUUUAUUGUUAUUUUUGACAUUUGAAGCUCUUCUUUUUGCAAUCUUUACAGCGGUCAUGCUUGGUACUCAGUUACAGGCCAUUUGGAAUGAUGAAACUGGUAUAGAACAAUUAAAAAAAGAAGAAGCUCGAUGGGUUCGUAAUAGUCACUGGAAAUCACUUCAAGCUGUGUUUGGUAGAUUUUCCAUCGCUUGGUUCUCUCCAUUCACAUCUCCUCCUAAUACUAAAAACAAAUUAGAUGCUUAUUUAUACUCUGUUUGAUUUUGGUAAAAAUGUAAUUGAGUAUGAAAGAAUGAUCAUAAACUGAUAAUAAGUUUAACUAAUUAAUAUAACAUUGUGAUCAAAAUAUUAUAUUUACUACAAAUUGUAAAAAGAUAAAAUGUACAUAAAUAAUGUAAAAAUAAUAUACUGAAAAUGUUUGAUGUCCACAGUGUAUAUGUACAAAUGUGUGCAUGAAUUUGAUGUAAGCUUCUUUGUUUAUUUUUUAAAGUAAAAUUUAUUUAGGAAGGGCUUGACUCCCUUGAAAUUGACCAUUUUUACUUACUAAUAAGCAUAUCAAAUGUCUUUGAUGACUGAUUUAUUUGCAACUGUCAUUGCAUAAUUCAAAUCAUUUAUUCAAAUAAAAAUGAAUAUAUUUAUUUU